AUGCAGGCCCAGCCCCGGGACCAGCUGCUGGACCUGCAGGAAAUGCAGGAGCUGCAGAAAAUGCAGGAGCUGCAGGAGCUGCAGAAAAUGCAGGAGCUGGAGGAGCUGGAGGAUGGGGGCGACGGCGACCAGCUGGUGGUGGAAGAACUGGAACAGACUAUUGUUGCCAACAAUGGAGCAAUGCAAGAUCACCAGUGUUUUCGGACUCCAGAGUGUGCUGAAUUUGAUCAGAAAAAGGACUCCUUGUUUUUUAAGGAUGGCCAAAGAAGAAUUGACUUUGUUUUAGUGUAUGAAGAUGAGAGUAAGAGAGACAACAGUAGAAAGAAUUUACAUAAACAAAGGAGAAAGAGACAAGCAUAUGAAUCCAAUCUCAUUUGCAAUGGUUUACAUCUGGAAACAACAAGAUCUGUCUUGGACGAGAAACUUGUGUUUGUGAAAGUGCACGCCCCCUGGGAUGUGUUGUGCACCUACGCAGAGGUGAUGCACAUCAAGUUGCCUCUCAAACCCAAUGAUCUGAAAGUGCAGAUGUCCCCUUUCCGCAGCAGCCUCAGCUGGUUUAGAAAAUUCUUCAGGGUGGACGAAAGCAUCAUUAAGCCAGAGCAAGAGUUCUUCACUGCUCCAUUUGAAAAGGACCGUCUGUCUGACUUCUACAUUCAGGACCAAGAGGCCUUCUUCAACCCGGCCACCAGAAGCCGCAUUGUUCAUUUCAUCCUCUCACGGAUCAAAUAUGCAGUAAAGGACAAUGUUAAAAAAUUUGGGAUUGACAGACUCGUGAAUUCUGGGAUCUACAGGGCAGCUUUUCCUCUCCAUGAUUGCAGGUUCAAUCAUCUGUCUGAAGAUCCUAACUGCCCCAGUGAACGGUACCUUCUGUAUCGAGAAUGGGCUCAUCCAUGGAGUAUUUAUAAAGAACAACCUUUGGAUCUCAUCAGGAAGUACUAUGGAGAGAAAAUUGGAAUCUAUUUUGCUUGGCUUGGAUUUUACACUCAGAUGCUACUCCUGGCAGCAAUAGUGGGCCUGGCCUGCUUUCUGUAUGGAUAUUUAACCCGAGAUAACUGCACAUGGAGCCAAGAGGUUUGUGACCCCAAUAUUGGAGGCAGUAUCCUAAUGUGUCCUCAAUGUGAUCAGAUUUGUCCAUUUUGGAAUCUCAACAUUACCUGCGAAUCUUCAAAGAAACUCUGUAUCUUUGACAACUUUGGAACGCUCGUCUUUGCAGUUUUUAUGGGAAUGUGGGGCACUUUGUUUCUGGAGUUUUGGAAGCGGCGACAAGCAAAAUUGGAGUAUGACUGGGACACUGUUGAGUUAGAGCAGGAAGAACCAAUCCGACCAGAAUAUGAAGCCCAGUGCGUUCAUGUAGUAACAAAUGAGAUCACCCAGGAAGAAGAGCAUGUUCCGUAUACUUCAUGUGGAAAGUGUGUACGCAUGACCCUCUGUUCAAGUGCUGUCUUCUUCUGGAUUCUGUUGAUCAUUGCCUCCAUCAUUGGGAUCAUUGUUUAUAGGCUGUCAGUUUUCCUCGUGUUUGCUGCAAAACUACCAAAGCACAUCAAUGGAACUGAAGCGAUCCAGAAGUAUCUGACUCCACAAACGGCCACUUCAGUCACCGCUUCAAUCAUCAGUUUCAUCAUCAUUAUGAUUCUGAAUAUUGUUUAUGAAAAAGUAGCAAUCAUGAUUACUAACUUUGAAUUACCAAGGACACAGACUGAUUAUGAGAACAGCCUAACCAUGAAGAUGUUCUUAUUCCAGUUUGUCAACUAUUAUUCCUCCUGUUUCUAUAUUGCAUUGUUUAAGGGGAAAUUCGUCGGGUUUCCAGGAGACCCAGUUUAUUGGCUGGGAAAAUACAGAAAUGAAGAGUGUGAUCCAGGAGGCUGUCUCCUUGAACUGACAACUCAACUGACAAUAAUAAUGGGAGGAAAAGCAAUCUGGAAUAACAUACAAGAAGUGCUACUUCCCUGGGUGAAGAAUUUGAUUGGAAGAUGUUGCAUGGUUUCAGGUUUAGAAAAGAUCACCCCAAGAUGGGAAGAGGAUUAUCAUCUCCUGCCCAUGGGGAAACUGGGAUUGUUCUACGAAUACCUUGAAAUGGUUAUUCAGUUUGGGUUCGUCACCCUGUUCGUGGCCUCAUUCCCUCUGGCCCCCCUGUUGGCUCUCAUAAAUAAUCUGCUGGAAAUUCGAGUGGAUGCCUGGAAAUUGACCACCCAGUAUAGACGCAUAGUGCCUGAGAAAGCACAAGACAUCGGAGCGUGGCAGCCCAUACUACAAGGAAUAGCAAUUCUUGCCGUGGUGACAAAUGCCCUGAUAAUUGCUUUCACUUCAGACAUGAUACCCCGCCUGGUUUAUUACUGGUCCUUCUCCAUCCCGCCAUAUGGAAACCAUGACAGUCACACCAUGAAGGGCUACAUCAAUAAUACACUUUCUGUCUUUAACAUCUUGGACUUCAAAAAUGCAAGCAUGCAGUCUUCAGAAUCCAGCCAGGACACCCAGACCACAUGCAGAUAUCGUGACUUCCGCUACCCUCCUGGUCAUCCGCAUCAGUACGAACACAGCAUAUACUACUGGCAUGUGAUUGCUGCCAAACUGGCUUUUAUUAUCGUCAUGGAGCAUGUCAUAUACCUUGUGAAAUUUGUUAUUUCGUAUGCAAUUCCAGAUAUAUCAAAGGCAACAAAAAGCAAGAUUAAGCGUGAAAAGUAUCUAACCCAAAUGCUUCUUCACGAGAACCAUCUCAAAGAUAUGAAAAAAAAUAUGGGGAAAAUAGCUGACAGGAUCAGGAUCAUAGAUGAAAUAGAUGGCAACUUCCGACCAAAACUAGAAUAAGCUUUAUGCGCUACAAAGCACUUUCCACAGCUUAGCUUGGUCAAAAUAUGUUACUACCACUAAUGAGAAUGAUUUGUAUUAAGUCACUUUAGCUGAUGUGAGUGUUUUAAACUUUUUUUUCAAAUAGAUCAUUGCACUGUCAAAUAGAAAUGCAGGGACUGGAAAAUUCAAAACUGUGAGAUCUAUUAGGGCAUAAAACCAAUCACCUAGAAAACCUAAAAAGUUACUUUCAUAUGAAAAAAAUUAGAGUUUUAGUAAUGGAAAAAAUGUCUCCCACCGUGUUUGAAACUAUUUUUAGAGACUAUUCCUUCAAUGAUGGAACAGAGUCUAUUUUCUUUUAAGUUUGCAUAAAUUUUCAUUCAAUUCAAUAUGAUAGCAAACAAUUUUCACCUAUUUCAUAUUUCAA